AGUCUUUCUAUAAUGCAGUCGUUCACUUGGCAAUUUCUCUCUAUAGGAGCGUAGAAAUGCCUAUGAGCAGUUUAAGCCAAGCGUAUGUGGUUUAAGUACAUUUCACGUGAAAUGUCAAAUUAGCCCACAAAUAUGACAAAACUAACUGGUAUGGCCGAGAAACUUGUUGACAAAAGUGAAAACAUCGAGUGCGUGAUCUUUGGAACGUGCUGUGUCUUCACACUUUUGGUUUUUCUCGUUGUAACAAUCAAGAUCUUGAGGUCGCCGACUAAAAUACCAAAAUGCGAAUUUUUAAUCAUCCUGCUGUCAUCCAUACAGCUCUGUAUGGGUGUAUGGUACUAUACAAUAGAUGAGGUGCCAUACCUCCAAAUCCUGAACAAGGGGAUCAAGGUACUGCAGUGUGAAAUCAUCUCAUGGACUUGCAUAUUUACACUUUUAAAGAGCCGUGAGUAUGGGAAAAAGAGGUCAAAACUAUUUUUUACUCUCUUCACAAUUCUACUGUCGCUGUUUCUUGGUUACUCUGUCAUAUACAACAAUCAAUAUUUGAACCUAAAGAUGAACAUUUUCGUAUCAUUAAUGUGGUUUGCAAUGUCUUCACUGGUAUUUUAUAUCGCAAUGAUGGUUAAGAAAAGCUUUGGCAUUGCAUCCCUACUCAAGUUUGACUUCAAUGAAACUAUUGAUCUCGAACUUCAGGAGUUUAAAAGAAAUGAAGUUGUUGACAAUUUCGCAGAUUCCAAAUCUUCUCAAUUUAUGGUACUUUCAGUUAUGGAGUUUAUCACAUCAAUGGGAACUCUAACUUGGGACCUCAUUAUAUACUACUCAGUAACCAAGAAUGCCUACAACAACUACUUCGAGUUAGACAUGCCCUUUUUCAAGGAAUUUUUGUACAUUAUUUCAAACUCUCUCUUCAUUCUUAUUCCUAACUGGACAAUAUUCCUCGUAUUUUACUGGUUACAACGAAGGAAUUAUUCUAGAAUCUCAUCAACGUGGGACAUCAAUCUUUCCACUGUAAGAUCCUGCUACUAG